AUGGAGAUGCCGUCGGAUGUGGCCCGUGAAAGUGCCAUUCCCGGAAAGCCGAUCCCCAUUCUCCACAGUCCGAUGUGGAGGUGCCAGAUUCUACCACGAGACGAUGCUGAAGUCCCUAACUCGACAAUGACAAGCAGCAUGAUGAAGGUAUUCACGCAGGCCGAGCUUUCGAAGCACUACGAAGUUCAUGAUCUUUGGGUUUCUAUCCGAGGAAAAGUCUACGACGUUUCUAGUUACGUAGAUGAUCAUCCGGGCGGAGUUGAAGUCUUGAAGGAUGUCGCAGGCUCAGACGGCACCGAGAGCUUUGAGUACGUCGGCCAUUCCGAAGACGCACAGAAAACCCUUGCGAAAUAUCAAAUCGGUGUUCUCGAGGGAGAGCUGGAUGAAAAUAGAGUCGAAGGAUCGGCUCAAGCCUGGGAUGCGUACCGUGAGCAAGUCAAGAACAAGCUGCCCAAGCCUCAACAAGCACGCUGGCAUGUGGCAGUGACUCUCAUACUUACUGCUGGAAUGGUCGGUCGGCGGGCUCUUAAGAAACAAGACACUUCUGCAGAAAACGGCUUCAUUCUCGUCUCGCCAACGCCGCCUUGGCACGUGUUAUCGUCGUUUUGGGCGGGUGCUAUCGUUGCUAUGAUGAUGAGCAUGGGAGGGUAUCUUUAUCUGUACACGAAGUUCACCAAGACGCUGGAGUAUUACGGCGAGGUUUGGGAGUAUCCUUCGUACUUCAGCUGUAAGGCCAAUAGGGCAGACAUCUGA